UUUCUUUUCCAAUGUGACCAACUUCUAUAAGCAAAACAAGUAAGUGACAGUCACUGUUAGUUGUAAACUGGAGUAGCACACUGUGGUCUUUGCCUUGUGGACUUGUCGUAGUGUGGUCGCCAAUUUGAAAUCAUUUGUGAAAACUCGCUGUUAUUUCAUGCCAUCACUUGAAAGUUGAAAUUACUUACGUUACAGCUUAGUGCUUACUACUUGUUUAACGUUUACACUUAUCCACUAUAAAAUGCCUUUUAUUAAGUUGCAAAGUUCGGACGGAGAAGUCUUUCAAAUUGACUUCGACAUUGCUAAAGCUUCAGUUACCAUUAAAACUAUGGUUGAAGACUUGGGAUUAAAAGAAGACGACGAAGAAAUUGUACCAUUACCUAAUGUUAACGCACGUAUUUUGAACAAAGUUAUUCAAUGGGCAACUUAUCACAAGGAUGAUCCGCAACCAGCAGAAGAUGUCGAGGGUCGUGAAAAACGCACCGAUGAUAUAUCAAGUUGGGAUGCAGAUUUUUUGAAACUGGACCAAGGUACACUAUUUGAACUCAUAUUAGCAGCUAAUUAUUUGGAUAUCAAAGGCCUAUUAGAUGUUACAUGCAAAACUGUUGCUAAUAUGAUCAAAGGUAGAACACCUGAGGAGAUCAGAAAGACAUUUAAUAUAAAAAAUGAUUUUACUGCUGGCGAGGAAGAACAGUUGCGUAAGAAAAUCGAUUGGCCUGAAGAAAAGUAAAUUAUUCUUAAU